AGUGAUUGGAAUGAACGAUGAGAGAGUGUCUCCUAUACCUUGUCUACAAACUCGACUUGAACUAGUCCACUUUGGAAAACCACAAGAAGAAGGUGUUCUUCGUCUCCGUCGUGAUGCACCAGUUCCAGUUCCUCAUGGCUCACAAGUUUUGGUAAAGAUGCUAUAUGCUCCGUUGCAUCCGGCAGAUAUGUUUACCAUCGUUGGCUUUUAUCCCGGCGUUCGUUAUGUUAUAGAAAAGCAGGCUGGUUUUGUUCCCGGUUUAGAAGGUUGUGGCGUAGUUGUAGCACAAGGUGAAGACGCCACCAUCCCGUUAGGUAUGCGAGUAGUGCCUUUGUUAGGAGAAGAGGCGGGUAGUUGGCAACAGUAUGUGUGUGUGGAGGGAAGGCAGUGCAUCUGUGUUCCAAACGACAUCAACGAUACAACAGCUGCACAGUUGCUUGUGAAUCCUCUCACAGUGGUAGGAUUGUUGAAAGAAGUGGAACGCUUGGUUGAUCUGUAUGAAAACCCGUGGAUCUUACAAACUGCUGCCAACUCUACGUUGGGAAGAAUGACGAUCGCUUUGGCAAAACAUCACUCUGUGAAGACGAUCAACGUGAUUCGGUCGUCUGAAACGAUGGAAGAACUCAAGCAGCUGGGUGCUGAUGUGGUCAUUGUGGAGGAACAAGACGGUCAAUGGGAUCGCACUGUGUACCAAGUUACAAAAGGAAAAGGUGUUGCAGCAGUGUUGGAAGCAGUUGGUUCGGAAAUGGGCUCGUUGGCUUUCAAUUGUUUGCAAUCCGGUGGUUUGUAUUUGGCAUAUGGAGCACAGAGUGGAAAACCUAUAAGAAUGAGCAACUCGGAUUUGAUUUUCAAAGAUAUUAUUUGCAAAGGAUUUUGGUUAUCGAGAUGGUUUCCCAAACAACCUCCUCAUGUGGUGGAAGACUUGUUCGACUUGUUUCGAAAACGAGUAUUUGAACCUCGUAUUCAAACGAUAUUACCAUUGGAUCGUUAUUUGGAGGCUUUUCGUUUGCAAAGAGAAAAGAACCGACGAGGAAAGAUUCUAUUUUCUUUGCAAAUGGAUUGAUAUCUUGUGAAUGUAAUGGAAGAUGAAAGCAAGUUAGUUGUGUGCAUAGAAUGUGCUGCUUAUUAGAAAGUGAAAUGGGUUGUCAAUGGAAACUUCAUAUGGAAGCUUAAGGUAGUUCAGUAUCCUGU